AUGGAUAAUAUAUGUUUUGUAGAUCAUGUCUUUUUAUCUUCAAAUCCACUCACUUCUGAAAAUAUUUUAGAUUAUUUCUCUACCUCGCCUUUCUACGAUAAAUCAUCAAUUAAUGAAAUAUUGAAGAUGCAGAAUCAGUAUAGAGGUAUUAGUACCUUGCAGCAGGAUGUAAGUAAACACAAAGGGGUGUUUUAUGUGUUAGAUCAUUAUAACACAGAUAAUACUCUUUUUGUAAUAAGACAAUCUGAUAAUGAUGUUAAUUUAGCUUACUUUUAUGUUAUACAUGGACAUAUUUACAAGGCACCAACAAAUAAUAAAAUUUUUAAUACAAGGGUUAAUGACAUAUAUUGGUAUCUUAAUGAGAUAUUAGAUUCAUAUUUAGAUAAGCUUAUGUGUUGUAAUGAGAAAACUACUGUAGAAAAAAAUGAAUAUUUAUCUGAAGAAGUACUUAAAGAUGUACUUAUAAAAUUUAACAGUUUAUACAAGUAA